UGUUAAUAUUUCCCGAAUUUCUUAAUUUACAGGUAUUGAAAUUUUAAAAUUUGUAAGUUUGUAAAAUUAGUAAUAAAGUUAUAGCCAGUUUUCCCUACACCGCGAUUAUCCCUAGGUAAAUCCACCAUUUUCGCUACUUUACCCUAAACAAUUCAUAUAUAGCGCGCAAUAAUUCGAAGAUAUGGCGUCUAUCGAAACAGUCUCGAAAUAUCGAUUCUCGACCUAACCUCACUUCAGUCUCCGCUAGGUGCGCACGGAGUUAGUGUCGCUCUGUAGUGGUAGAGGAAACGAAGUGACUAAGAGCAGGACAGAGCAACGGACAGGUGUUUUUUGCGCUGUUAUUAAUUUCUCUGGAAAGUUGGUGAUUCUCGUAAAACUAUAAAAAAAUCAUUCUAGUACCUGUAAUUGGAACGGUACCAUAAGAGUUGGCUGUUUAAUCGGCUAGCGCGCACGCGCCGCUUUCCCCUCGCUCUCACAAUAUACUCCGCGCGUAACCGCCGCCAUAGUUGAUAUUUCUCCGCUAGAAUAUUAAUAGCGGCGCAAGUUUUCGCGGUUAAACGUAAUUUUUCUUGAUCGACUGGAAAAUAGGAAUGCGCUCGUCGAGGACGGUAAGACGAGAUCGUUCGGUUCGAAGUCGGUGAUUCCUUCCGGAACGAAGGAGGGUGUCUACUUUCACAGCUCGUGGUUUUCAGGAGAGUGGCCUGGCAUCGCGGCGCUUCGAGUUAACGCGUGACCACCGUCGGGUGGCUAUGUACCGUUAGCUCGAAUUCAUUCCCCGUUGGCCGGCCCGAGAGAGCCACGCUUACCUACCAACCGGGGGCCAUACUCGAUCGAGCUCGACCGUCGUAAACCCGGAAAUGAGUGCGCGUCGUGGCUCGUCGUUACCGCGGAAAGACUGGCAGUAGUGCGCGAAUUUAUCGCGAGUCACGACUCGUCCCGUCGAAAGACACGCUCGUUCGAACGUACGUCUCGUAUGACGUAUGCACCGUAAGCAAGUAGCCGUGGCUUAGCCAGUAGAGCCGUGGCACAGCAGCAGCUGAGAACGUGUACGUAGAAAUGAGAAAGUUGCUGCCGCCGCGGUGAAGAUCGAGAACGACGCAGGCGAGCCAGCCAGGCGGACGGUCUCCGUACUACGCGAAACGUUCCGACGCGAAGUAGCGACAGAGUAGCAGCAGCAGUGGCCCGAAAGGAGCGCACAAGGGAGUCGCAACUGCUCGUGGAUUUAAUUAUCGUGGAAGAUGAAUUUCACACCUUUUCCCGGCUUUACAACAGGCUCGCUACCGACGGGUACGGUUCACCAAUUUGCAACCGCUAAGUUUGCACAAAACCUGCCAACUGGAGGUCAGGUUGUUGGUGUUUUAUCCGGUGGCGAAGGUGGGGUUCAUUAUUUAAGGCCGGUCGACCCGAACGGUUUCGCCGUGGCUCAAGGGGGUAAUAAUCAACAGCAGCAAAUCAUCACGCUGCCCAUCACCGUACCUGGAAAAGAUGGCACGCAGCAGCAGCAAACCGUCCAAAUCCAGGUGGUCAACCCCAGCGUAUCACAAAGUGGAAACAGUGGUGAUCAACCAAAGUAUCAUUUGGCACCGAUAUCUUUGGGACAAUUUCCCCAGGGUACAGCAACGGUACUUACCGUCGCGUAUAGUCAACAGGGUGCAGAUGGAGUACAGAUUCAAGUUCAACCGCAAAACACCGUGGCUACGACGCAAACGUCCGACCAAACAACUCAAAGUACAUCCACGGCAGUCACUACUACAUCCCAACAAACUAUUCAGCAAACGGUGCAGUUACCAGGUGCACCCGAAGGUUUAACCGUCGUCGCACAGAUUCCGCAAGAUUUAAUUUUACGAGAGGGUAUGGAAGAAUCGAAAGAUGACGUUAAGGAAGGUACAACGCCGGUUGCUCUUAUAAAAAGGGGAAGCAUAAAGACUCAGGCUAAUCCAAGUGGAGAGGAAUUCAUCACUUCUAUGCCUGCUAGUUGGCAAAGUCUUGCUACCCCGGGAUCAACUGUCGCAGAUUAUCUAUCCAGGUUACCUGCCAGUACCUUGCCUCUUAGUUUACAGCAUUUCUUGAAAUUUUCAGCGGAGACAAUAAAGAGAGAAGCUACUAUUGAAUCGAGUCCGUUAGGAGCGGAUGGUUUGGACGCGUCUGGAAGUGUUGUGGCUGGAGAACAAGCGGUACAGAUUACGGUCGCGAGUGGAGAAACUGCUAUUAUUCCUGAUGUUGUCGAGGAACAAGAACCUGGAGCGAAACCGAAAAGAAAGAAGAAGUACAAGAAAAAGCCUCCGAAGCCAAAAAAACCGAAGCCAGGACAAGUAAGCAUCGUUACUGGUCUCGAUGGUACAACAUUGUUUUGUUGUCCUCAAUGUAAUAUGGCAUACCCUGAGAAAGAACUCUUGGAGCAGCAUCUUAUCGGGCAUAAAAUCGAGAGGAGGUUCAUCUGUGACAUUUGUGGUGCAGGUUUAAAGCGUAAAGAACAUUUAGAAAGACACAAGUUGGGCCACAAUCCAGACAGACCCUUUAUCUGUUCAGUUUGCAUGAAAGGUUUUAAACGAAAGGAACACUUGAAUCUUCAUUUUGUUAUACAUUCGGGACAAAAAACUGAAGUCUGUACCGAAUGUGGUAAAGCAUUCUAUCGCAAAGAUCACUUGAGAAAACAUGCAAGGUCUCAUUUAGCUAAACGUAUCAAGGAAGAACCCUUGAACAAUGCUGAUGCUUCUCAAAAUUCGCAACAGCAAACAGAUCAGCAACAGCAACAGGCGGAACAAUUACAGCAGCAAGCAGAUCAGUUGCAACAACAAUCUUCGGUCCCUGAAUUGCAACAGAUACAAAUACAAGUGGGCUCCGGUUCUCAAGCACAGAUUCACCAAAUAGCCGUUACUGAACAAUCUACGGUUGUUCUUCCAACUGCCGCAGAAACUGGUGCAAUGGCAAUGCUUCAUCAUCAACAGCAACAGCAGCAGCAACAACAGCAGCAGCAGCAACAACAACAACAGCAGCAGCAGCAGCCGCAGCAGCAACAGCAACAACAGCAGCAUUAGCAGCAGCAUACCGCCCCGAAUCAACCUGGGCGGUACUUCCGAUUUAAUCAUCAACAAGCUAGAGGUCGUGCAAGCUUUGCAAUGAAUUUCCCGCCGUUCGGAGGCCAUUUUCCCGGUACUAUUCCGAGUAUCCAUCAGUUCGCGACCGACGGCUCCGGCGGUGCGGGCGGGCGUUACGCCAAUCAUUUUCCCAACCAGCCUCCAAUUGGAGUGCCGGUUAUGGGAAAGUACCGUCCUGAAAGCAACGGCGUGCAAUCUGCUCAAUCGCAAGUGAUGAUGAAUAAUAAAGCAAGCUAUCCUAACAGCAAUGUUCAUCAUUAUCCGAAUGUGCCAUAUUCCCAAGCCCAACCGGUUCAACAGCGACCUUCAAAUUCUCCUGGAAUGCCUGAAAAGCGUUCAUACCAUCAGCAAGCGACAGAAACUAUAAAUCAACAAGACGUUUGCAAUCUUCUACAGGAUAAGGAUAAAAGUAAGGAAAAGAAAGUUGACGAACAACAGCGUAAUGGAGAAACUACUACGAAUGGUAAUCAACAAGAGUAUACAAUGCAUCAGCAUCAUCAGCAGCAUGCUCAUACUCAGACUCCUGCAACUAUGCCUGCUACAUGGCAGUCUUUAGCCACCCCUGGUUCUACGGUGGCAGAUUACCUCAGUCAUUUACCAGCUAGUACUUUACCGUUAAGUUUACAUCAUUUCUUAAAGUAUUCUGCGGAAAGUAUUAAAAAGGAAUCAGAAAUGGCACAGACUACUUCGGUAGCUGUUGCAACCACGACAACGCCUAAUAUAAUGAUGUCUCCAAAUAAUAAAAAGAAAAAAAAGAAGAAGGCUCCUAAGGAGAAGAAGCCACGACCGAAACCCGGUGAAAUUCGCUUAACUACGGCAUUAGAUGGUUCUACGUUGUAUUGCUGUCCAGAAUGUCAUAUGGCAUACCCAGAACGUGAAUUAUUGGAACAGCAUCUUUUAGGCCAUACUUUAGAACGAAGAUUUGUUUGCGAUAUUUGUGGUGCAGGUCUGAAAAGAAAGGAUCAUCUUACACGUCACAAACAGAGUCAUAAUCCGGAACGGCCAUACGUGUGUACUGUUUGUUUAAAAGCUUUCAAAAGAAAAGAACAGUUAACGUUACAUUUUGUUAUCCAUUCUGGUGAGAAACGACACGUAUGUACAGAGUGUGGAAAGGGUUUCUAUCGUAAAGAUCAUCUAAGGAAACAUACCAGAAGUCAUAUUGCAAGAAGGGUAAAAGCUGAGCUCAGUCAAAAUGCAGGUACACAGCAAAAUCAACAGCAAAACAAUGUUUCAAACAUGCAAACUACAGCUGUUACAGCAUCGUCUGUUCUGUCUGGUGGACACCCAGGUCCUCUCCUGUCCUGAGCCCCGCCACCAGGGAACUUUCAAGUUCCCCAUCCAAACAAUAUUCUUCAUUCACAUACUUCUCAUCAUUCGUUGCAUCAUCAUCAUUUAACAGCCGUCAACGUGGCCCAUCAAUCUAACGUCACGCCACUUGCUACGUCCAGCCAUUAUCAAACUCACGACCUCAGUUUUUUGGGACAUGCUAAAGAUUUCUGAGAGCAGGGGAAGACCUCAACUAAGAGGUGACAAAAUUGAUAAAUUAUACAAGCUCUUCUAAGCAGUAAGUUUUUAACUGCUUUUCUUCGUUUGCGUUGUAGCGAGUUUUCAUGAUUAUAAUGUUAAUUCAUGAUUUCGUUGACUCUCUAUGUCCUAGUACAAUAGUGCAAAAGCUGUGACAUUUAUGUAAGUCUCUCAACGCUGUACACAGUUUUAUUAUCUACACUUCAGGUAUUAUCUUAAGAUCUGUAUGUCUAGAUAUUAUCUUCAAAAAUGUGCCAUAUAUACAUACACGUAUGUACAUGAUCAAAAAAAUAGAAGAAGACA